CAUAUGCUGCAGCUGUCGCCCUGUGUCGGCCUCUUUGUUUUGGACCAGCGUCUGUCACUCUUCCUCGUCGACCAAUAGGAGAACACCUUACUUAACCCAUUCGACCAAUGAGCGUCGAGCUUUGUUCUACUGUGCCAGUUCCGAGGCGCGCGCGCUCUUAGCCGUCGAGCUAUUUCUACUUUUAUCCGCCUUCGCGAAACCGCUUAAUUGCGCAUUUUAGCAGAGUUGUUUUUAUUUAACAGCAAUAUUCGAUGUUCAGUCAUCCAAAAAAUAUUUUUUUGGAUGUAACGGACAGCUGUGUUUGUCGUAAAAUCCUCGGAGGACAUUCAAACGGAAGGCGCGAGCCGGUUUGACGGGUGUCCGCGCGAGACAUUUUAUUUUCAUUUAUUCUCGUUCGGGCGCUUAAACGAGUUACCGCUUCACUUGUAAAAGAGAAAAAUAAAUAAUCGCACCUGCAUUUUUUAAAGUAAAACCCGUGUUUCAUAUUCCACUCAGGUAAAGAUAAAGCAUGGCGCAAUAUCACGAGGAUCCGGCGCAGCUCACUAAAGAGAAACUAAAGAGUGAGUUACUGGCCAAUAAUGUUCCUCUGCCCAGCGCUGACAGCAAGAAAGACGUCUAUGUGCAGCUGUAUCUGAAGAACCUGACCGUGCUCAACAAGAAGAGCAUCUCUGACACUUUCUCCAGCGAUGAGGAGAUGACAGCGCCGCUGGUGUCCAACAGAAGCCGCUCGGGGAAGAAAGCCACAAGAAAGACAGACAGAGUUCGGGCUGAGGAGAACGACAUUUCAGGUUUGACUGAUGAAGAGUUGAAGGUUCAGCUUCAGAAGUAUGGAGUCCAUACAGGACCAAUUGUUGCAUCUACACGUCAGCUGUAUGAGAAGAAGCUUCAGCACCUCCUGGAGCAUCCGCCACUGGAGAACACCCUGCCUGAACCCGAGACCACCAUCCCAGAGGCCGUCACCAUCAAAGCAGACGGAAACCAGAACGGAAACACACAUUCAGCUGAAGAUCAGUACAGCGACAAAGAAGAAGAAGUUGAUCCUGUACCUGAGCCGGUUCCCGUAGUGACCAAGCCGGUCCGGAGCAGAGGAAAGACUCCAGUCACCACCAGGACCAGCAGCAGGCAGCGCACUAAACAGCAGGUGGAGGAGACGGCAUCAGCCAUUGAGGAAGCGUCUGUGGACGGAGGAGAUAUUUUAAAGGAAAUCUUCCCCAAUGAACCUGCCACACCGACCGGAAUAAUGGCCACAUGUCGGAGGCCGAUCCACGGUGCUGCCGGACGUCCGGUGAAGCCGCUGAACCUCUGGUCCGAGGAGCCCCUCCUACAGCAGAGCGUUUACACAGCGACUAAAUCCUCUGUCACAGACGUCCGUAGCGCAACUCCCGCCGUUCCUCCCAAACCCCGCCGCUGGCUCGCUUUCUGGUUGAAGCUCCUGGUGUUCAUCGCACUGGCUGCUUCUCUGUAUUACGCCUUCCAGAACGUCACCGCCGAUCAGAUCAACACCUGCCAGCUUUACAUCCAGGACAAUGUGAUCACACCCAUCGUCAAUUACAUUAGCUGGGAGAGCCCAUCCGAGGGCGGCGACGACAAGUGAGCUGCAGAUCCAUCGACCCGCUUCAGCAUGCACCUGCUGUCAGACUGAUUUUCUAGUCCUUUAAGGAGCAACGCAUCGGCAGGGUUCGGGGAGGGAGGGAUUCUGCUUAUCGCAGUUUGACCUAGCAGUCACAUCUGAAUAGACUUGUGUUUCAAGUAGUCUUUAAACUCUGUGUGCAUCGUGUGUUUUGAUCUUGCUUUGCGAUUUUACGGUUUUGUAGCAUUUGAGACGACGUAGACAAGUGUAGUGUUCGCUAACAGUGAAUCUUUCGCCGCAGUCACCGGCGCUCCCGCGACGAGGGUUUAAGACUCGCCGGCGUGUUUCUUCAAGUGCCAAGAUGCGGCCAACACGAGCACAGUUCGGUUCACACACACAUCGCAGCUGGAAGGAAAACCCUGAAUGUUUGCAAAAA